AUGUCUACGAGCCGUCAACCCCUCUACCUCCGUUGCGAGAUGAAGCCGGCCGAACACCGCGCCGCGCUCACCCCCACCACAGCCAAGGCACUCAUCGACGCCGGCUUCGACAUCACCGUCGAGUCCGACCCGCAGCGCAUCUUUGACGACAAGGAGUACACCGACGUAGGCUGCAAGCUCGCCCCGCACAACACCUUCCACUCGCUCCCCGCCGACAUCCCCAUCAUCGGUCUCAAGGAGCUCGAGGAACCUGGUCCGGAUCUGCCCCACACCCACAUCCAGUUCGCCCACUGCUACAAGAAGCAGGCUGGCUGGGCGGAUGUGCUGGGCCGCUUCAAGCGCGGUGGUGGCAAGCUGUACGAUUUGGAGUUCUUGGAGGACAAGAACGGUCGUCGUGUAGCUGCUUUCGGCUGGCAUGCCGGGUUUGCAGGUGCUGCGUUGGGUCUGCUUGCGCUGGCUGAACAGGUUCAGGGUUCAGACCGUCGUCUCGGUGCGCAGAAGGCGUACCCCAACGAACAGGCUCUCAUCGCCCAUGCUAAGCGACAGAUCGAGCACAUCAAAAAGUCACGACCCGACGGAAAAGUCAAGGCGCUCGUCGUCGGAGCUCUCGGUCGAUGCGGUCGUGGAGCCAUCGACUUUUUCGAAAAAGCCGGCGUCCACUCUGACGACAUCGUCCGCUGGGACAUCCAGGAGACCUCCGCCAAGCACGGCCCCUACCAAGAGUUGUUGGACGUAGACAUCUUUGUCAACUGCAUCUACCUCACCUCCAAGAUCCCGCCGUUCCUCGACCAACCCACCAUCCAAGCCGCCGGCCCAUCGCGUCGUCUCGGCGUCGUCGUCGACGUUUCCUGCGACACCACCAACCCCAACAACCCCCUGCCGAUCUACGACAUCAACACCACCUUCGACAAGCCCACCGUCGACGUGCAAACAGGUGAAGGCAACCCGGCGUUGACGGUGAUCUCGAUCGACCACCUGCCCACGCUCUUGCCUAGGGAGAGCUCCGAGGGCUUCAGCGGAGAUCUGCUGCCCAGUUUGUUCCAGUUGAGGGAGGUGCUGGGCAAGGAUACCACCAAGCUGGACACGUUGGAGGAGGGUAAGGGUGCGGUCUGGCAGAGAGCCGAGAAGUUGUUCCAGAAGCAUUUGGCCGAGGCUGUACAGCAUGGCGCGUAG